UUCCGGUUUGUUGUGACGUCAUGUUAACGCGUCAUAAAAACAGAUUUGAUUCACUUCCGGGUCGGUUCACACAGAUCCGGUCCUCGGGGCGGAACCUUCGUGCUGGUUGUUUCCAGUCGGACUCAGUUGCUCGGCCCCGUCCAUGUGUUUCUCUCGGUGAGUUCGGCUCGGUCUCCGGUUCGUUCGUUCGGUUGUUUUCGGGUUUCUCCGGUGAACUCCUCCGUUCUUACCGGACAUGUCGGGUGGCGGGAGUUCUUUGUUCUCCGGGUUCCGUGUUCUGGGACUUUAUUCCAACCACGUGCCCCACGCGCUCCGGUACCACAAGAAGCACCGGGAGUUCUACGUGGUGACGUCAGUCGGUAAAUGUUUCCACACGUACAACGUGAACAGGUUGGGGAUCGUCGCCGUCAGUAACAGCCUCCCAGAUGACAUCAGCUGUGUGGCAGCAGACAGGAUGUUGGUGUUCGCCGCCACCGGACAACUCAUCAGCGCCUUCGCCAGGAACAAAGAGGUGGUGAUGCGUUACCAUGGACACAGACAGGAAGUGCGCCUGCUGCUUCCUCUGGGCGAUCAGCUGAUCUCUGCUGACAGCGGCGGUGAUGUCAUCGUGUGGGAUGUCCAAGGAGGCGACAUUUACCUGCGUCUGCAGUUUGACCCCGCCUCCUUCGACGUGUCGGCCAUGAUGCACCCGAGCGCCUACCUGAACAAGGUGCUGCUGGGGAGCUCCCAGGGUGCACUGCAGCUCUGGAACAUCAAGACCAGUAAGCUGUUGUUCACGUUUGGCGGCUGGGCGGCGAGCGUCACGGCGCUGCAGCAGAGUCCCGCGGUGGAUGUGGUCGGUGUUGGCACGGCGACAGGUCGGAUCAUCAUUCACAACAUCCGAUUGGAUGAGACACUGAUGACAUUCACACAGGACUGGGGACCAAUCACAUCCCUCGCCUUCAGGACAGACGGUCCUCCCAUCAUGGCGUCCGGUAGUCCUCAGGGCCACAUUGCAUUCUGGGAUCUAGAGCGGCGUCAGCUGGUCACUCAACAGAGACACGCCCACAGCACAGCCGUCGCCGCGGCAACCUUCCUGCACGGAGAGCCGCUAUUGGUCACGAAUGGAGCCGACAACGCCAUCAAGGUGUGGAUAUUUGACCAGGAAGGGGGCGGAGCCAGACUGCUGCGGAGCCGGCAGGGUCACAGUGCUCCUCCCACCACCAUCCAUCACCACGGCAACGAUGGUAAAAACAUCCUGAGUGCAGGUCAGGACGGGACACUGCAGUCUUUCUCCACCGUCCACGAGCGCUUCAACAAGAACCUUGGACACGGCUCCAUCAACAAGAAGAAAGAGAAGAAGAAGAAGAAGGGUCUGACCUAUCAGGAGCUGCGUCUUCCCGCCAUCACGGCGUUCUCCUCAGCUGCUGCUCGCCAGUCGGACUGGGACGGUAUCGUAGCGUGUCAUCGUGGUCGCCUAGCAACCACCACGUGGAACUACCAGCGGUGCACCAUGGGAGCUCACCAUCUGCGGCCCCCGGCCUCUCGUAGUGACAACAUCGCUACGGCUGUUGACAUCACUUCCUGUGGCAACUUUGCUGUGAUUGGUUCGUCCUGUGGCCGCGUGGACGUCUACAACCUGCAGUCCGGCCUGCACCGUGGUUGCUAUGGUGACAGUGAAAAAGCUCACAGCGGGGCGCUCCGAGGCGUUGCCACCGACGCCCUGAAUCAGCUGACACUCACCACAGCCUCUGAUUGGCUGCUCAAGUUCUGGCACUUCAAAACCAGGAAACAGGAAGAACAGCUGAAGCUAAACAGUGCGCCGGCUAGCAUGAAGCUACACAGAGACAGCGGGAUGUUAGCAUUAGCACUGGAUGACUUCACGCUGCUGGUGGUCGACAUAGAAACCAGACGGGUCGUCAGGAAGUUUGCCGGUCACCACGGCAACAUCAAUGACAUGACGUUCAGUCCUGAUGGACGCUGGCUGGUUACCGCGGCGAUGGACUGCACCAUCCGCACCUGGGAUCUCCCUUCUGGAUGUCUUGUCGACUGUUUCCUGGUUUCCAUGGCGGCAGUGGGCGUGUCCUUGUCGCCAACCGGAGACUUCCUGGCAACGGCUCACGUGGACAGUCUGGGCGUUUACCUCUGGACCAAUAAGAGUCUGUGCGGACCCGUGGGGCUCCACCCCCUCCCAGCUGACUACCAACCCACCGUCGAGACGCUGCCGGGAGCCACAGCGGAGGAGUCAGAACAGGAAGUGACCUCAGAGGAGGUGGAUGAUGUGUACAAGUCAGCUGAUCAGUUGGGGGCGGAGCUUGUGACUCUGUCUCAGCUGCCAGAGUCUCGAUGGAAGAGCCUGCUGCACCUGGAGGCCAUCAAGAGGAGGAAUAAACCUGUGGCGCCCCCUGCUGCUCCGGCGGCGGCGCCCUUCUUCCUGCCAACGGUUCCUGGUCUCAUGCCUCGAUUCACGUUGCCCGUGGCAACCAAACAGGAAACACAGUCAAAGUUGCUGCGUUGGGGUUCGUUGUGUCAGAGGUCAGAGUUCAGCGUCGAGCUGGAGUCAGCGCUGAGCGAACAGAACUUCGAUCGCCCGCUACGUCUCCUGAAGGAUUGUGGGCCGGCGGCGCUCUCCAUCGAGCUCGCCAGCCUGACACCAGAAGGGGGCGGAGCCAACAGCCUCCUGUUCGCCUUCAUCCACAUGAUUGACAGCAUGUUAUCCAGUGGGCGGGACUUUGAUCUUGCUCACGCCUACCUGGCUCUUUUCCUGAAGCUCCACCUCCGCUCACUGUCGCAGGAUGCAGUUGCCAUGGCAGCACUGUGCCACCUCUCCUCACGGCUGGAGAUGGGGUGGGCGGAGCUAAGGGCUUCAUUCGACCAAUCACUGUGUCUGCUGUCGUACACCAAGAGUGCACUGCUGUGACCUGCACACACACACCUGCACACACACACACACACACACACACCCACACACACACACCUGCACACACACACACACACACUGGGUUUUGUAUUAAAGCUUAUUAACAUUGAA